GUCCUCUUUGGAAUGGGAAAUCCUCUGCUUGAUAUCUGUGCAGUUGUGGACAAAGACUUCCUUGACAAGUAUGGGCUGAAGCCAAAUGACCAAAUUUUGGCAGAGGAGAGGCACAAAGAACUAUUUGAAGAACUUGUGAAAAGGUUCAAAGUAGAAUAUCAUGCUGGCGGUUCAACUCAAAAUUCCGUUAAAGUGGCCCAGUGGAUGAUUCAGAGCCCUUACAAAGCUGCGACUUUCUUUGGGUGCAUUGGCAAAGAUAAAUUUGGAGAGAUUUUAAAGAAGAAGGCGGAGGAAGCUCAUGUGGAUGCCCACUACUAUGAGCAGAGUGAAGAACCAACAGGAACCUGUGCUGCUUGCAUCACUAGUGAUAACAGGUCUCUUGUAGCUAACCUUGCUGCUGCUAAUUGCUAUAAGAAAGAAAAGCAUCUUGAUUUGGAGAAGAACUGGAAGUUGGUGGAAAAGGCCAAGGUUUAUUAUAUAGCAGGAUUCUUCCUGACGGUGUCACCAGAAGCAGUAUUAAAAGUGGCUACUCAGGCUUCUGCAAACAACAAGAUCUUCAGUUUGAAUCUUUCUGCACCAUUUAUUAGCCAAUUCUACAAAGAGCCUAUGAUGAAAGUCAUGCCUUACGUUGAUGUCCUCUUCGGAAAUGAGACGGAAGCUGCCACUUUUGCUAGAGAGCAAGGCUUUGAGACUGAAGACAUUAAAGAGAUAGCCCGGAAGACACAAGCCUUGCCAAAGGUGAACACUAAAAGGCAACGAAUCGUAGUCUUUACCCAGGGGAAAGAUGACACUGUACUGGCCACAGAAAAUGAAGUGACCACUUACCCUGUGCUGGUGAGUGAUCAGAGUGAGAUUGUGGAUACCAAUGGAGCUGGAGAUGCAUUUGUUGGAGGUUUCCUCUCACAGCUCGUCUAUGACCGGCCAGUGACCGAGUGCAUCCGGGCUGGACAUUACGCAGCUAGCGUAAUUAUCAAGCGUUCAGGUUGCACCUUCCCAGAGAAGCCUGAUUUCCACUGAUAAUGGUGAAUUGGAAGGAUCAAAAGUAACUCCCAAGUUGCCAUGGGAUUGCUGCCUAUAUUUUUCUUCCUUCCCUUUCCUCAUCUUUCCUAUUGCCUGCAUCAACGCUUCUGUACUUCUGUUCAUUGCAUUCUCAACAAAAUACGUAUUUCUAUGGUGGUUUCCUUCUCAUACCACUACAAUGUCUCAGUAGUCUUUACUUCUGAAAUAGUGCUAAAUAAAGCUUUUUCUUUCAUCCAUCAGGAAAAAUUGUUCUAUUUACACAGUUUAUAAAGAAGUCCAGCGUAAAUGCCUCUGCUGAUUAACACCAUUAAAAUACUUCUGUUGAAUUACCUAGUUCAUAUCCAGCUGUGGCCAAAUCCUACUCAACUUACGUGAAAUCAACAGACCUCACUUUGUCACUUAAUGUUAUAAACCAGGAAUUGUACUUUCUUCAUAGUGGAGUCACAGUAGUGUAGGGGGCAGUCUAAAUGUGUCAGGGAUUUCCUUACGUAUUUGAGUGUACAAAAUCUGACCUUCACAUCCAGCCCAGCUUCCAUGAAAAUGGAUAGCUAUUUGGUCAAUAAUUUAAGGACCUGAUCCAAAGCUUGAUAUCCUGCAUUCAGUUGUCUUGUGCUGAAGCAAGCAGCUUUGACACUGACACUAUGAGAGAGCAGAGUCUCUGUCAGGUGAGCUAGCAGAUAGGUACUCUCAGUGAUUUCAGGGCACAUGCAUGAAUUGAUGAUGAACAUUAACAUACAGAUAAAUCCUAUCUCCUCCGUGUAAGCUUUCUAGAGGCUGUAUUUAAUUAAGGUACACAUAGUGAAAAUGAGGUACAGAAAUAUUUAUGCAGGAUAUAUUACAGGAUAUGCCAAACGGAAUCUCUGAAACGCACAUUUUUAAACUUUUAAUUUACUUUGGAUAAUUACGCAAUAUGGUGGAUUUUGUUUGUAUUUACAGUAUUCAAAGACAUGAUCUGACACUGCGUUCAUUACUUUGCUAUGUAAUUUGAU